AUGGUGGUGUCCAAGUCUGACGCGAUUGUCAUAGUUGGUGGAGGCGCCUUUGGCCUCUCGUCAGCUCUCCACCUGUCGCAAAAAGGCUACACGAACAUCUCUGUAUUUGAGAAAGAUGAAAACAUCCCACCUCGCUCAUCCGCAGCCAACGAUCUGAACAAAAUUGUACGGGCGGAAUACGAGGACCAGUUUUACACCGACUUGACAAUUAAAGCGAUAGAUGCUUGGAAAACCCCAUUAUUUGCCCCUCACUUCCACCAAACCGGCUUCCUGCAUUGCGUUUCUGGAGAAGCCCCCGAGAAAGCAGUCGAUACAUUGAAUAGAUUUCGCGCCUCAGCAGAGAAAGAACCCAAGAUCCAGCCUCACGUCGUCCCUCUUAACAGCGUUCAUGACGUCCGCCAAGCCUGCUGGCAGCUAAAUGGUGAGCUACCAGGAUGGCACGGCUACCUCAAUCGGUUUGACGGAUACGCUCACUCCGCCAAUGCCCUGGCGGCGGUCUACCGCGAAACCCAGGCAGCCGGUGUCCGAUUCUUCCUAGGAGAGCAAGGCGCCGUCGAUGAGAUCGUGUACGUGAGCACCCUUACCGGCCGCAAGUGCGCUGGCAUCAGAACGAAGAACGGCCGCUUUCACCCUUCAUCACUGGUGAUCGUUGCAGCCGGAGCCGGAGCCGGUCGACUAGUUCCCGAGAUCGGAAAGGAGGUUGUGGCGAAAUCGUGGUCUGUUGCGCAUGUGCAUCUUACCGAUGAAGAGACCUCUGCUUUGCGGGGUAUUCCUGUCACCUAUGCGCGUGAUCUGGGAUUCUUCUUCGAGCCUGAUCCAAAGACCAAUCUCUUGAAGCUGUGUCCCAUGGGUGGCGGUUAUAUCAAUACUGAUCCUAAGACUGGGGUCUCACACGCGCCGGAGAACUUGAGUGAUAGUGCUUUCCUGCCUGAGGCGGAUGAGAAGCAGCUCAGGAAACUUUUGGCUCAGACACUUCCCUCGCUUGCUGAUCGGCCUUUUGUUAGAAAGUCUUUGUGUUGGUUUGCGGAUACCAAUGACUCGGACUUUAUUGUGGAUUAUAUUCCCAACAUGUCUUCCUCUAUUAUUCUGUUGUCUGGUGACUCCGGACAUGGCUUCAAGAUGUUCCCUAUUGUGGGCUCUUGGAUUACUGAUCUCCUUUCUGCUGCUGAUGACAAACAGUCCAUCACUCGUUGGAGGUGGAAGCAGCCUGCUCCGGAUGCUGGGAAGGGUGACUGGGGUGGCGAUGUUAGCUGGCGGAUUGGACAGUCUAAAGAGUUGGCUUCAAUUCUACCCCCGAGGUCAUCCAAGCUGUAA